GGAAGAACAACAUCCGGAAUAAUAAUUGCCGGGGUAACGUGAUCACUGGAUAAUCUGCAAAAUGGACUGCUGGUUUGAACGGACCUGUUAGCAAAUGAUUGAUCAGCUUUACCAGAUGAAGUACAUUAACUCUCAAUAUAAGUGAAUUUUGAUCCAUACAUCAACAUGGUUAGCAUUACUCAGCUCUUUGGUGACUUGUGUGAAUCUCACAUGGUGGGUUAUCCAUGGAAGUCGGGACUGGGCAACAGAAACCCAAGUAAGAACAGAACCAAACAAUGCCUCCGGAGGUUAGCGUAUGAUACCCUGUUUGUUCACCUGUUUCAAGAGGAGGUACGUAGACAGCAACCAAAUGCAGCAAAGUUACCCGUAAAGAACAAAAUGCUAAUGUUGUCUUUUAACUUACGUAUGGGUGGCAUGAGCCUAGAAGCUGAACGUUUGGAGGAGCUAGUGGAACAUCUGGAAACAGCCAACAAAGUCUCAGAUGUUUAUGCUGUCCUUGAACUCCUGAUAGAACUUGCAGGCACUGGUCCGCCUCAGGUCCUUCCCCCAAAACGGGAUUAUUUUCAAAACAACAAAUAUGUUGGCAGGAAUCCAUGCUACAAAGGAUAUGACUACUAUGAUGUUAGCAUGUUUGAGGCUGACCUUGGAGCAGUUCUAGCCUAUCAAGAAUGUGAAAUCAGCAAUGCCAUACAUAGUACUCUUCAGAUCAUGGAGGCUCCACCUGGUACUGGACUUCCAGCCAUUGGGCUCUUUCAGAAUUACCCUACCAGUGACAAGUUUGAAAAGGAGACUAGGGUGUCACUUUUUGGUGCUUUGGUUCACAGUCGUACAAAUGAUAUGGAAAUCAAACUGGAUCUUCCACCGGUACCGGAUAGUGCUGACCUCUCUGGACUUGCCAUUAAAGUUCCUCAGAGUAUUGACCAGUCUGAAGAUGAAGGAUUCCAGUCAGCAUCAAACAUGACCCCAGAUUCUCAGUCUGAGCCUAGUGUAACUCCUGAUAUUGAUCUAUGGGAAGCAGUGCUCACGUAUGGACAGAAUAAACGGCGGUGCUGGGAAAGGAUAGGCUGCCCUCCUGGUAAGAGAGAAGACCCCUACCUUACAGAGGCCGGUAGAGAAGCAUAUGACAGAUUGUACAAACUUCAUGAGGCUGCCCUACAGAUCCUCAAUCCCACCAUUUUACCACCCCCACAACUUGUUAUGGUUAACGAGUCUGAGUUGGUGAAGGAUGUUCUGAAUGCUCUCAUCGGUGUGGUAUCUUCUACAUUUUCCUUUAAUCUACUUCUACAAGCCUUUGUAGUUAAACAAGGAAUAUAUAUAUCAGGGACAUCUCCUGAGAACAUCGGUAAUCUCUUGUCACAAAUCGGUGAAUGUGGAACCUAUUAUACCAGACUGAGUCGGUUUUCACUACAGACGGUUUUGGAUUCAUCAAACAGUAAAGGACUGGUUUUCCAGGCUUUUACAAGUGGCCUAAGGAAAUAUCUGCACUAUUACAGGGCAUGUGUUUUAUCAACACCUGGAUCUUUAACCCUUCUAACUAUCGGCUUUCUGUUCAGGAAACUAGGACGUCAGUUAAGAUACUUAGCUGAACUCUGCUGCAUUGGGACUAUUAACACUGGAGCAAACAGAGGAUGUAACACUUCAUUUCCAACUGGUGUUAAACUACUUUCAUAUUUGUACAAAGAAGCACUUGAAAACAGUAGUAAUGAAAAUUAUCCAGUCUUGUUGUCUUUAUUAAAAACUAGCUGUGAACCAUACACAAGGUUUGUCUAUGACUGGGUAUACAGUGGUGUUUUCAGGGAUGUUUGUGGUGAAUUCAUGAUUCAGGUGAAUCAAGAUUUCCUUGGAUUUCGAGAUAAACGUUACUGGACUCAUGGAUACGUUUUAAUAUCAAAGGAUGUAGAAGACUGUGUGCCUGUUUUUUUGAAACAUUUAGCAAAUGAAAUAUAUAUUUGUGGGAAAACUAUAAACCUGUUGAAAUUGUGCUGCCCCAAGCAUUACAUUUGCUGGUCUGAUAUUCCUGUCCCUAGAAUAUCCGUAACCUUCUCAUUGGAGGAGCUUAAGGAAAUGGAGAAAGAUUGCGCUGUCUACGUAGCGCGAAUGGAGAGAAUUGCACGUUACAGCAGUAUCAGCAAAGAACAGAAGGCUUUACAGACAGAAAUCGCAAAGCAGGAAUUAAUUGAUCAAGCCAGAGAAACAGCAGAAAAAUCUAUGGAAAACUUUAAAGAUCGACAGUUGGGAGAAAAGAUUUUACAGGAUAAAAAAAAGCGUGAGCUAUUUCAGAAACUCAAAGAACAAUAUGAAAAGGAUAAAGAGCGACGCAUUACAGCCAAACAAGAGGAGGUUGAAGAUGAUUUCAGCUAUAUCAGAGAACUUCGUGAUCGUGAGAAAAGGUUAAAGGCUUUAGAGGAAGAACUGGAAUCAAGAGCAAGAAAAGAGAUUAUUGAACAUUAUAGUAGGUUGUCUGAUGAAGCCACUCGCAAAGAACAGAGAGCCCUGUGGAAAGUUCAGCGACAUAAGCUUGAAACUGCAAGGCUGAUUUUUUUUUCCAACGAUGAGAAGCAUAUACAGGAUUUGCUGGUUCAGUUUCCAAUGGACAGAUCCAGGGAAAAACUGGAAAUUUUACCAGUUGCUGAAACACUGCACUGUACAGAAUCCUCUACAAUUGAUCUUCCAAAAGAGCUUCCAGCUACUGGACCCCACCUUUUAACAAACGAGGAUCUAAAUAAAGAAGCUAAAGUUGAAAAUCUUAUUUCACUUAAUGAAAGUUUUACCUUAGAUUCAGAAACUAGAACUGGAGAAUGUAAUGUUUCUUCAAAUUCCUCACCUAAGUACAAUAUAUGCUUGAUGGAUGUAGACAUUGCAGAUUUUUUACCAAUGUCACCCAGCAGAGUGACGGAAGUUAAACAUAUAUUAGAUCAGUCGCUAGUGGAUGAUGCAUUGAAAGAUAUUGGUUCGGAUCUUAACAAAAAUACAAAGGAAACUAUAAGCCUGUCUGUUUUGGAGACAAAUAAACAAGAAGAUAACUGUAAAAAUGAAUAUGAUUUUAAUACAGUAAUCAAACCCAUACCCUUUAACCAUGUUUCACAAGGACACAUAGAAAUUGGAGAAAAUCUGUCUAACCAACAGUCUGCAAGACCUAAGUGGAAUAUCCAUGGACAUGCUUCAGAUGCAAAUAUUAAAAUUGGUGGUUAUGUGUCUGAUGUUAGAGAUUUGCAAUCAAAGUUAAACCAGCACGGCCAUUCUUCUGAUUCACACAUAAAUAUUGGUGAAUACAUGUCCAAUGUGGAAUCUUGUCAGCCCCUAUUAAAUGUACAUGGCCAUGUCUCUACAGGUCAUAUAAAAGUUGGGGAAUUUAUAUCUGAUGUGAUGCCUUCAAUUCCCAAGCAGAAUAUUCAUGGACAUGCAUCCAAUGCCAACAUAAAAAUUGGUGAAAAUAUGUCCGAUGUCAAACCUUCAAGAUCCAGAUGGAACAUUCAUGGACAUGCAUCUGAUGCUAACAUUAAAAUAGGAGAGAAUGUUUCUGAAGUUGUACCAACACGACCUCGGUGGAAUAUCCAUGGACAUGCUUCACAUUCCCAUAUAAAAAUCGGUGAACUUGUUUCUGAUGUUGAGCCAUUAAAACCUCGCUCCAGCACGUUUGGCCACGCGUCUGACUCAAAUAUUAAAAUUGGCGACUGGUCACCCUCUGUAGACAGUAAUGCAGCAUCAAAUCAGAAGUCAGAAUGUCAACAUGUAUCCGACUCUACAGUUCAAGAUUUCUUAUAUGGUGAAAGAUCAGGCUCUAACAAAGCACUUAACAUAGAGGAAAAGCUAGAAGUAGUAAAAGAAACGCCUUCUGAGAGCCCAGAGUCUGACGUUGUGACAGUUGUAUCAACUUGUUUUAAUGAUGGUGAACAUGUGGAUACAGAUGAUGAGACCAAGGAGGUUGCAUCCAGUAUGCCUCAGAAUGCUCAGAGUGAAGGCGAACACUCUAGUAAUAUAGUGCCAAGCUCGUUAUGCCUAUAUGAUAAACAGAAUCCCUCAGAAAAAGGAGAUGAUAACAGUGCUGUUGACUCAUGGAAGAAAGAGCAGAACUAUCUACAGGCGUUGGCAGACAAGUAUUGCCUUGAAAAAUACCAGGACAGUUAUGAGUUGAUGUCAGAGCCUCCUGUCCUCCAUAUUCUUAGCCAUGUGGUGCCAGGGCAGUUUUCCUUCCCACUGGAUCCUGACAUGCAUCAAGCCACUGAUGAAACUGCAGUACAGCUCAUUGAACUCCUUUCCUUGCCGGUGCUAAUGAAAUAUUCAGUUACUGCCCCCAUGGUAUCCCAUGUUUCCCUUGUAAAUAAAGCAAUUGUGGAUUACUACUUUGUGGAACUGAAAAUGGAAAAACAUUUUGAAGCAAUAAGGCAUUUUCUUCUGAUGGAAGAUGGGGAGUUUGCACAAUCACUAAGUGACCUGCUGUUUGAAAAGCUUGGAUCAGGGCAGGCACCUACUGAGUUAUUAAAUCCGCUGGUACUCAAUUCCAUAUUGAACAAAUCUCUGCAGUACAGUUUGCACGGGGACUCUAAUCUUGCUUCCAAUCUCUCAUUUGCACUGAAGUACCUUCCAGAAGUAUUCACUGCCACUGCCCCUGAUACAUUAAGCUGUUUAGAGCUAAAGUAUAAGGUUGAUUGGCCGUUGAACAUAGUCAUAACAGAAUCCUGUGUGAAUAAGUACAACAAAAUAUUCUCCUUUCUACUACAGCUGAAACAUAUGGUGUGGACCUUAAGAGAUGUUUGGUUUCAUUUAAAAAGAACUGCCUUGGUGAACCAAGCAUCAAACUCUGUCCAGUAUCGUCAGCUCCAGCUUUACCGACAUGAAAUGCAGCACUUCGUGAAGGUUAUACAGGGUUAUAUUGCUAACCAAAUUUUGCAUGUUACCUGGUGUGAAUUCAGAAAUAAGCUGUGCACUGUUAGCAACCUGGAAGAGAUUCACAGGACACAUGCAGAAUACCUAAGCAAGGCACUAUUUAGGGGUCUUCUAACCGAAAAAGCUGCCCCUUUAAUGAACAUUAUCCACAGUAUCUUUAGUCUAAUUUUGAAGUUCCGGAUUCAGUUAAUCUCACAACCAUGGACGUGUGACACAGAGAAACAGACAGCAAACCAUCCCAAUUUUGGGUUGAUGCAGCAAUCCUAUAAUACUUUUAAGUAUUAUUCUGACUUUCUUUUUGAAGUUGUUACCAAGCUUGUAAACAGAGGAUAUCAACCACAUCUGGAAGAUUUCUUGUUACGGAUCAACUUUAACAAUUACUACAAAGACAGCUAAAGAGAAUAACAAUUCAACCCACGAUGAUUUCAUCGCAUGUCCUUAUAGAUUUAUUAUCCCUCAAGACUCUAUUGUAAAUACAUCUGCAAAUAAAAAUGUGUAAUAUGAAUGUGUGCAAAACAACAUUAAAAUAUAUACUUUUGAUAUAUUUUUAAAAA